GAACAGAGCACACCCGGAGGGAGAAGGGAGAGGGCGCAGCACGGCGCUGAGGACUGGUCGACUGGACGCUGGAUCGGUCGAUCACCGUCUCCCUCCCUGGCUUUUCAAACCGGGGGCAACGGCAAGUGUCGAGCGAGUGCGCGUGCGUGAUGUGGGCGUGCAUCGGCUUCUUGUCCCCCCCACGUACGGCGGCUAGCUAGCUCCACACCGCGAUCCUCCUCCUCAAAUAUUCUCAACCCCUCAACUAAUUCAUUCCCCUCGCUCAUUCCUUCCUUCCUUCCUCUCCUCUCCUGUCCUCCCCUGCCCCGCCCCGCACGAACACACGCACGCGUACUACUGCUGCCACACUUGCACGAGAGUUAGCCUGAUUAUAAAGUUAAUUUGGCUACCUAGCAGCCAAAUUAAGCAGAGCGUAGAAUUCUUCAGUUCGGUCAAGCUAGAAACCAUUGGCGCAAGCUGCCCGGUUCAUCACGUCAUAGCAUAUGGCGCAGGAGGAGGUCCACGACGCGGGCCUGGCGCUGGGCCUGUCCCUGGGAGGCGGAGGCGGAGGCGAUAGUAGCCGGCGGCGGCGCAGGGAGGCGUCGUCUUCGCAGCAGUGCCCGCUGGAGCCGUCGCUGACGCUGAGCAUGCCGGACGACGCGGCGACGCUGUCGGGCGGCGGCGUGUCGUCCAUGUCGGCGGUGAAGAGGGAGCGCGCGGAGGAGGAGGAGGAGGAGGAGGCGGCGGAGAUGGUGUCGUCGACGGCGCUGCAGGCGGCCUUCGGCGGCGCCGGCGCCGGCGCGGAGGAAGACGACGACGGCAGCACGCGGAAGAAGCUGCGACUGACCAAGGAGCAGUCGGCGCUCCUGGAGGACCGCUUCAAGGAGCACAGCACCCUCAACCCGAAGCAGAAAGUCGCUCUAGCCAAGCAACUAAACCUCAGGCCAAGGCAGGUGGAAGUCUGGUUCCAGAACAGAAGGGCAAGGACGAAGCUGAAGCAGACGGAGGUGGACUGCGAGUUCCUGAAGCGCUGCUGCGAGAACCUCACCGAGGAGAACCGCCGCCUGCAGCGCGAGCUCCACGAGCUCCGCGCCCUCAAGUUCGCCCCGCCGCCGCCGCCGCCGCCCCUCUCCGCCGCCGCGGCGCCGCCGCCGUUCUACAUGCAGCUGCCGGCCGCCACGCUGACCAUCUGCCCCUCCUGCGAGCGCCUCGGCGGAUCAACCGCCGCCAACGCCACAAACAACACCAGCAAGGCCGUCGACUCCGACGUCCGGCCCAAGGGCGGCACCCACCACUUCUUCAACCCCUUCACCCACUCCGCCGCCUGCUGAUUAAUCUCUGCCAACAAAUUAACGGAAGCAGCAGCACCACCAAGCUAUACUACAGUUCUAGCAAGCUACGAUCGAGUAGUAGAUACGCCACGCCGUAACUAAUACCUCACGUCGCAAGUAACAUAUGAUCCUCCUACUUUUGCUAUCUUCUUGGUCUGGGGGUUUAGUUCCGAUAUGAUUAGCUAAUCCAUCAAUCAUAGGGGAUCCAUCGACCAUCGAUAGAUCCAUAGAUAGGUAGUCAAACAGCUGUAGCUAUAGCUUACCAAGCCAUUGUAUAUUCUUGUGCAUGCAUGUAACCGUGGGCCUCUCCUUUUUAGUUAGCUUCUCCGGUUUUUUGUUUCACGGGUUGAUUAUCAGAGGGGAGGGCCAUAAUAGAUUUAGAUUCAAUUAAGCCGCCGUGUGAUUAUAGUUCCUAGUGUCAGGCGCACAGUGUUGGAUGGAGACAUGAGAGAGGCAGGGAGAGCCUCCCUGUCGGGUGCGUACGUGUGUAACGUGUAUACCUUUUUAAUUUUUUUUAUGUGCAUAUACGUUUCAAUGAUUGUGCCUGUCGGGGCUUAAACUGA